UUCAGAUACAGAACAAGUAUCAGAUACAGAACAAGUAUCAAAUACAAAACAAAUAUCAGAUACAGAACAAGUAUCAGAUACAGAACAAGUAUCUACCAAAAGAUCUCAUAUUCGUAAAAACCCAAAUCAAAAUUGGUUUAAGAUAUAUCCAUGGUUAAAAAAAGAAGUAGUUGAAAAUAAAGUUGUAUUAUUUUGCACAAUAUGUAGAGAAAGAAAUGGAAAGACAGUAUUCGCAGUAGGUACAACAAAAUAUCGGUUAGAAAGUAUUAAAAAUCACAUAAAAACAAUUGAGCACAAAGAAUCUGAAGAUCUUUCCAAACCGCAACAAACAAAAAUUAUUACUAAUUUUGCAAAGCAAUUGGAUAUCGAUAAAUUAAAUAUUAUAUCGCUUAUGAGAAAUGUUUAUUUUUGUGCUAAAAAUCAUCAAUCUAUCAAUUUGUUUCCUAAUUUAUGUGAAUUAGUUACAACUCAAAUUCAUAAUCAUAAAGAAUAUAUUACUUCAGAUAGAGUAUGUGUUUUUAAAACACCACAAUAUGAAAAAAAUAAAACAAAAGCAUCAUAUGGUAGUUAUACGAAUAACAAUUCAGGAAACAGAUUUUUAGCUAGUAUUUGUGAUAUUAUUGAAGAAGGUUUAUUUGAAGAAUUAAAUGCUUCUAAAUUCUGGAGACAUCAAAGUGGAGUAUUAGCUAGAUUAAAAAAUUUGAAUCCAUUUAUAUCAUCAAACUAUUGUAUAACACAUCGUUUACAUUUAGCUGGCAAAGAUGCAUCCUUAAAAGUUGAAUAUUUUAAAGAGUAUGAAAAAAUUUUACACAAAAUUUAUUCAUAUUUUAGUCGAUCUUAUAAAUGGCAAAAAAUGCUACAUCUUAUGCAGGAUAUAAAUGACAAACCAAAUCUAGAAUUACAAAAUCAUAUUGAAACUAGAUGGCUCUCGUUAUCGAAUGUUGUAGGAAAUCUUUAUCAAAUUAUUGAUUCAAUUUUAUCAACAUUAAAUGAGGAUUCAUUAGAAGGAGAAAAGGAAGCUAAAAAUUUAAUUUUAUUAUUAGAUGAGGAUUUUGUUAUCGUUACUAUAUUCUUGGCGGAUUUGACAACAAUAUUAAAAAGAUUAAUCAAUGUUUUUCAGUCUGAUUAUGUUGCACUUUCGCACCUUAAACCUCAUUUAAAAACAGCAAUUAGCUCUAUUUCUGAAAGUUUUAUUGGAAGUACUGAUAUACAACCUACAUAUGGUAUUAUUUUACGUAAUUAUAUAGACUGUAACAGUAUUAAUCAAAAGACACUUCCUGUUUUUAUUGAAGAUUAUACAAAGGCAAUCAUUGAAGCAUUACAAGACCGAUUUUCACAUUCUGAUUUAUAUAAUGCUUUAAGUAUAUUCGAUGUUAAAUUGUUUCCUAAAACAGAAAAACAAAUAGCAACUUACAGGCAAAAAGAAAUUGAAUUUUUAGGCAACUAUUAUGGAGAUAGCAGAGUAGCUAAUUAUAAUAUUUUUACAGGAAUUAUUGACAAAGAAAAAUUAUUAGAAGAAUAG